ACCUAUGAAGAUAGACGAAUACGUGUGCCGAGCAGUGGCUUAAUUAACAUAAAUUAAUAAAUAUUUAAAACUGUUUAAAAUUACGCGACGUAAAACUAUAGAAAUAAUUUUCAGUCAUCCAUUAAUAACCGCGCAUGUGAAUUAGACGUACUUUGUUGACGUACGAAGUGAAUUUAAAAAUAAUAUUUAUUUGAAUUUGGAAUGUAUACGAGUUUGUGAUAUUAAUACAACAAUGUUGGGGAAACGUUCGAGAUUGUUCUUCGGGAUAUCGCUGGGAGCACUGAUUAUAUCUAUUAUAUUAGCUUUUUGGGGAUUUCCGAAAAUUAUCAGCAAUCAAAUUCAAAAGAACAUACAACUAGAGAACACAUCGAUGAUGUAUGAAAAAUGGAGGAAGAUACCGAUGCCCUUAACGUUCAAGAUAACAAUUUUCAAUGUUACCAACGUUGACGAAAUUAAUAAUGGCAGAAAACCAAAACUGCAGGAGAUUGGCCCUUUUGUAUAUAGAGAAUAUCGAGAGAGGAAUGUAUUAGGUUAUGGAAGUAAUGAUACAAUUAGAUAUAUGCUCAAAAAGACGUUUAUUUUCGAUGCUGAAGCCAGCGCUCCGUUGACAGAAGAUGAAGUGGUGACAGUCAUAAAUUUUUCAUACAUGGCGGCCCUGUUGACUAUAAAUGACAUGAUGCCAACACUAAUCCCAACAAUGAAUAUGGGAUUCGAAGAGAUGUAUUCACAAUUUGGUUUGAAAGAUCCAUUUCUUACAGUGAAAGCUCGGGAUUUACUGUUCGACGGUGUCUUCCUCAAUUGCAAAGGAAAUCAAUCUUCUCUAGGUCUGAUAUGUUCUCAAAUCAGCUCGACCAGCCCGCCGACCAUGCGGCCCACAGAAGACGGCAACGGUUUCUAUUUCUCAAUGUUUUCUCACUUAAACAGAACUGAAACAGGUCCUUACAACAUGGUGCGGGGAAUAGACAACGUGAAGGAUCUCGGUCACAUAUUAAGUUACAAAGAAAAGACAUUCAUGAACCACUGGGGCUCAGACCCCUACUGCGGGAAACUGAAUGGGUCGGACGGGUCGAUCUUUCCACCGAUAGACGAGAAUAAUGUACCGAAACGAUUGUAUACGUUCCAACCUGAUAUUUGCAGAUCUAUUCACGUUGAUUUCGUGGAGAAAACAAGCAUUUUUAACAUAACAGCUUACCACUACGAGCUGUCAGAAUCGGCGUUCGCGUCUAAAAGUGCUAAUCCAAACAACAAGUGCUACUGUAAAAAGAACUGGAGCGGUAGCCAUGACGGCUGUCUGCUGAUGGGCGUAUUAAACCUGAUGCCGUGUCAGCAGGCACCAGCAAUUGCUUCUCUGCCACAUUUCUACCUGGCUUCUGAGGAGUUGCUCGAAUUUUUCGCUGAAGGCAUCAAACCCGAUAAAGACAAACAUAAAACUUACAUACUAUUGGAGCCGAACACAGGAGCAGUCUUGAAGGGAGUCCAGCGUUUGCAGUUCAACGUGGAAUUGAGGCAGAUGAAGAUACCCCAACUGCAGAAAGUGCCCACAGGCCUAUUCCCGAUGCUUUGGAUAGAAGAGAGCGCAGAAGUGCCGACCUCUAUCCAAGAUGAGCUUCGACAGUCACUCAACCUGAUCGGAUACGCAAACACAACUCGAUGGGUGAUAUUAGCGCUAGCUAUCAUCGCGGCUGUCAUAAGUACUAUCAUUGUAGCCAGAGCCACGCUGCCGGGCUGGGCCGGACGAAACUCUGUCAGCUUUAUAUUAAGACCCACCAAUGUUAACGGCAUAGAUCUCAAUAAAGGAUAG